AUGAUUUGUAUUGGAAAAACAUUCGAUUUGAGUAUUCGUCUUCUAAAUAUGCCUCGUGAAUCUGAAGAUGGAAAGAUAAAUUUGAACCACUUGGAUAUAAACGUUCGUUCACCUUCGCUACAACCCGAAGACACAAAGAGAACAUCUGAUGACUACCAGAAACUUUCAGUGACAUCCACCGCACGAGUUAUCUAUCAGCUCGUCAAGAUUUCUAUUUACAUUGCUCUGAUUAGUUAUCUUCCUGAAUAUACCGCUUGGAAAGUCAUCUCGAUAGUCCUGAAUUCGGUUUUUUUAAUCGGGCACAUCUAUGAAUUUCGUAAUGUUAAAGCGUCAUUGACACCAUUUAUGAUACUGGAAAUGUAUCCGUUCAUCAGGAUGAAAACCAAUUUUUCCUACAUGAUGAUUACUGUAGAAGCAUUAUUCUUCGAAUUGAUUUUACUCGAAUUAUUUGAAAGCGGAAUAAUCUCUGUUCUGCUAGUGCUAACAUGGUCAAUCGUUGAUUUUGCAUUUCAAUAUUGGGGCCACAAUACAUGGGAAAUCGAAAAAAAUAAAGUGAGCUGUGAUUUGUUCAGAAAGUCAUACUACGAUAAAGAGUCGAUGUUCUGGAAAUGGGAAGACGUCAUAAACAAUGUCAUUGUGGACAACUCUUGGCAGAUUGAAGCUCACGAUGCUUCGAGAUAUCACAACUACUAG